UUGAUUAGGUUCUGUUGUUUGCAUUCUGCAACUCCUGGAACUUUUGAAUAUUGCAGGGGGAGCAAGCCUAUCAAGGUUGAUGACUGUCACUGGAGCAUAUCCAUGCAUGUGUCUAGCUCUUGCCUUAUUUCUCCAUCCAUUAAGUGCAUUUUCCUGCAUGUAGAGAGGAUGAGAACACCAUUUCAGUUCUGCUGCCCAAGCAUGACCAAAUGGAAUGGUGGAAAACUUUGGUGAAAGGAGGUCCUGAAAUCGAUACACA